AUGCGCAACGGGAGCACAGGCAGGGCGGCCGCGCUCGGUGUACUAGGAGUGGUCCUCCUGGCAGUCGCGGCAAUGGGCGCGGUGCCCACCCCUAUCUCAGCGUGGGGACCCAAGGCUGCCUUCGCCAGCGUGGGGGUGGACCAGGAGGCUGUGACGACGCUGGAGGCGCUGCAGGCCUUGCUGAGCACCGGACGCAGCGACGGGCCCCUGGGCAAGGACACCCCCAUCAUCCUGUAUGUCAGUCACAGCCGUGACUCCGGCCUGGAGGCCACCCUGCAGCCCCGCCUCGAUAGUGCAGAGGGCUGGAAGCAGCUCCCCAGCGCUUCCCAUGCCGGUGGCGAGGGCGUGAUCUUCGACGCUCUGCAGAUCCUGGCCGGCCAGCGCCGCGCGCAUGUAGUGGGAUCGUGUCAGGGUCUAGCCCCUGGCGCCCCAGCCACCACGGCCGAGCUCCAGCGCCUGCUGGCCGCGCCGGCCUCGGGCGAUGUCGUGGUGGUCUGUGCCGGGGAGGAAGCCGAGCAGCCCGCCUUGCUGAACGAGGUGGUCCGGCUGUCUGCCGAGAGCCAGCCCCUCAUGCUGGUGGUCGAGCUCCCCGCCGGCGAGGUGGCUGCCCAGCGGCGCCGCCUGCAGGCCCAGUACGUCUCCGCUCCCAGCCUCGGCUUUGACAAGUACGCGCGACGGGAGGGCACCAAGAACUAUACAACGCUGUACUUUGAGGGCUUCAUCGUCCUGAUCGUGAUUGGGAUGGCUGUUGCUGUGGGCCUGACCUGCCUGCACAUCAUCGACACCCCCACCCACCUCCCCAGCGUCAAGCCCGGGUCGGGGUCCCACCACCACGACUGA